UAUGUCAAAAGGGUCUGAUUUUUGACUGACACCUCAAAGAGCAAAAUGGGUUUGUUUGGUUGUAGCUCAACCUAUCUAAGACUAACAAGCCCUUAUCACAAUAUUGUCAACUAGGUCAGCUAAUUAAGAGCAAAAGUUCCUGCGUGAAAGAUAAUUUUGUGUGCAAAAGUUAGAUCACCUACUUGUAAAACAUUCUAAUAACAUAUUAUUUUGUCAAAACUCAAACAUGCAAUAUGCAUAUAUAUAUAUAGCUAUCUCCACAUACGAGUAUUUAACUUCAAAGGUGCAAAAUUACUUGUUUAAAGAUGGAGAUGAGAAUAGGUAUGAGGGGAAAGAGAUGUUAUAAGCUCGCGUUGUUGUUGUUGCUGCUGCUUCUUGUGAUGUUGGUGGUGCAUGCUAGUGGUAAGGAUGAGCAAGAUGAGCAAAGUGGGCAAGGUGAGCAAAACAACCAAGGUAGUCAAAAUGGCCAAGGUGGCCAAAACAAGCAAAAUGGCCAAAGCGGACAAAAUGGCCAAGGGGGGCAAAAUGGACAAAAAGGCCAAGGCGGACAGAAUAGGCAAGGUGAGCAAAAUGGACAAAAUGGGCAAGGCAGACAAAAUAGGCAAGGUGGGCAAAAUAAUCAAAAUGGGCAAGGAGGGCAAAAAGGACAAAGUGGGCAAAAUGGAGAAGGAGAUCAAAAUGGUCAGGGCGAGCAAAAUGGACAAGGUAAGCAAGGUGGACAAAGUGGUCAAGGCGGGCAAAAUGGAGAAGGCAAUCAAAAUGGUCAAGGCGGGCAAAAUGGACAAGGCAAGCAAAAUGGAGAAGGUAAUCAAAAUGGUCAAGGCGGACACAAUGGAGAAGGGGGCAAAAAUGGAGAAGACAAUCAAAAUGGCCGAGGUGGACAAAAUGGACAAGGAGAUCAAAAUGGAGAAAAGGGGAAAAAUGGAAAAGACAAUCAAAAUGGUCAAGGGGGACAAAAUGGACAAGGCAAUCAAAAUGGCCAGAGCGGGCAAAAUGGACAAGGUAAUCAAAAUAAUCAAGGCAGACAAAGUGGAAAUGGCAAUCAAAAUGGUCAAAGCGGUCAAAAUGGACAAGGCAAGCAAAACAAUCAGGGCGGACAAAAUGGGCAAGGCAAUCAAAAUGGUCAAGGCGGGCAAAAUGGCCAGGGCGGACAAAAUGGGCAAGGCAAUCAAAAUGGUCAAGGCAGGCAAAAUGGUCAAGGGGAUCAAAAUGGCCAGGGCGGACAAAAUGGGCAAGGCAAUCAAAAUGGUCAAGGGGGGCAAAAUAGACAAGGCGAUCAAAAUGGCCAGGGCGGACAAAAUGGGCAAGGCAGUCAAAAUGGUCAGGGUGGGCAAAAUGGACAAGGGGAUCAAAAUAGUCAGGGCGGACAAAAUGGACAAGGCAAUCAAAAUGGCCAGGGCGAGCAAAAUAGACAAGAUAAUCAAAAUAAUCAAGGCGGACAAAAUGGACAAAGUGGUCAAGGUGGGAAAAAUGGUCAAGGUAAUCAAAACGGGCAAAGUGGGCAAAAUGGUCAAGGUGUACAAAAUGUCACACCUCCUCCUACACAAACAGACAGCACCGGAAAUUGCUUAAACGAGCUAGCCCCUUGCCUAAACUUCAUGAAUGAGAUGAAAGGAAAUGGAAAACCACCUAAAACUUGUUGCGAUCCUCUGAAAUCAAUGAUAAAAAGGCCAGAAUGCCUGUGUAGUUUGAUGAGCACCAAAGGCAGCACACAAGCUGAGAAGGCCGGUAUUAACUUGACUAUAGCUCAAGAGUUGCCAGCCCAAUGUGGACAACAUGUCAACCCACUUUCUUGCCUUUAUUAUCAAUAUGGUUCUAAGAACUCCAUUCCAAAUUCAGCAAGUGGCUUCUACUCGUUGACUUCUAUGGCUCUAUUUACUGUGUGCCUUCACAUUUUUAUGGCACUAAACCAAAUAGUGACUUGAAUAUUUUGUUAUGUAUGUGUGUUUUUGUAUUAGUAGAGGAUGUUGAUCCUAUAUCAUAUAUAUAUUGUGAAUUAUAAUUAGUAUUUUUUUUAAUGUAAUUUGAUGUUUUUCUUAGGAAAUGUUAUGUAUUUAUUUAUGAUUCUCAAUAAAACAUUUGAGUUGAUUCA